GGCGUGUGGCCCAUAGGAGCUAUCACCGCCCGCGCCACUACGCCACACCCGAGUCAACGCUGUCACCCGCUGAGAGGUUACCUCACCCUGCUCUUCCGCUGGGCAACUGGUCCAGGAGGGCUGGCGGUCCUGAACCGGGGCGAUCGAGCGUACAGGGCCACCCGAGCCCCGCGAGGCGGUCCGGUCCUGCUGUCCGACCGUGCUGUCGACCCUGUUGUCCGACCCUGUUGUCCGACCCUGUUGUCCGACCGUGCUGUCUAACCCGGCUGUCCGACCCGGCCGUCCGACACUGCUGUCCGACCUCACUGGCCGACAUCGGUUCCAUGAGGUCUCCGACACGGCGACACAUGCUUCCGCCUGAACUACAGUUGUGGCACCUUUGUAGCAAGAAGCAUGCUUCAGGCCAUUCGGUAUCAGGCAGGCAUGCUGGAGAUUCUUGACCAGCUGCGGCUGCCCCAUGAAAGCUGCUACCUUACGCUGUCCGAUGCUGACGCUACCUGGGAAGCCAUCCAUUCCAUGAAGGUGCGAGGCGCACCAGCCAUAGCCAUGGUGGCUGCACUCGGCUUGGCUUCCGAGCUGAUGCGAGUUAAGCUGCCUGCAAGCUGUCUGGAGCUCGCUGCCUACGUACACAGCCGGCUGGAGUACCUCAAAACAUCACGCCCUACAGCUGUCAACCUGGCAAAUAUGGCUGCCCACUUUGGAAGGAUGGUUGAUACACUCAGCAAGGAAGAAGGGUUGUCUGUGGAAGCCAUGCGUGAUGCCAUCUGCGCCGAGGCAGAAGGCAUGCUGGCUGUUGAUGUGGCUGCAAAUCGUGCCAUUGGCCAACAUGGGGCCGAACACAUGGUGGCAAACUGCCAAGCACCAAAUGUCGGCAAGCUUGGCAUCCUCACUCACUGCAACACAGGCAGUUUGGCCACAGCAGGCUACGGAACUGCACUUGGUGUUGUGCGGCAGCUGUACGAGAGUGGUCGGCUGGAACGCGCAUACUGCACAGAGACGCGCCCGUACAACCAGGGCUCCCGGCUGACGGCCUUUGAGCUGCUGCACGACCACAUUCCAGCCACGCUCAUCUGUGACAGCAUGGCUGCUGCCCUAAUGGCCACGGGCAGGGUCAAUGCGGUCGUGGUUGGUGCGGACCGCGUCACUGCCAACGGUGACACAGCCAACAAGAUCGGCACAUACCAGCUGGCUAUCUGUGCCAAGCAUCAUGGUGUGCCAUUCUAUGUGGCCUCACCUACCACCACUGUGGACAGGAGUCGAGCAACUGGUAGGGAAAUCCCCAUCGAGGAGAGGCCAGCACAGGAGAUGACGUCUAUACAGGGCAUCCAACUGGCACCUGCAGGCAUUGAGUGCUGGAACCCAGCGUUCGACGUCACUCCAGCCGAGCUCAUUACAGGAGGCAUCAUCACCGAGAAAGGUGUCUUCGCAGCUUCGCGGGUGCUUGACAGUCUCAGCGCCUGAAGCGUCUCAGGCACAGAAUGCCUACUGGUGCCCUCUGGGUCGGUGCCACCUAAGCAUGUUCCACUUGCAGGCUUGAAAUUAUAAAUGUAGCAAGCACGAUGCAAGGAGCGUUGUACUUUCCCA